AUGGCAAGAUCAGCAAAUUUUGUAUUAGCGGAAAAAAAUGUUCUUGUACAGCCCAUAAGUGAACAUCCUGAGGUGGAGUGCAAAAAAACGGACAAGGUGUCAGUUGAACAAAAGAAUUUGGCUUGGAAGCAAAUCGAAGCCAAAUUCAAUGCAACUGGCACCUUGUGUCGCAGAACUGAAAAAAACUUGAAAGUUGCGUGGAAAAAUAUAAAAAAUAAGGCCAAGCAGGACAAUGCUCAGAUGAAACGUCAUUUAAGGGGAACUGGAGGUGGUCCUGAUCUGCUUUGCGAUGAGCUAAGCGAGAAAGUGGAGGCUCUAAUUCCAAGGCAGAUCAAUUGUCUCACGAACAACUUUGACGAUGACUAUCAAAGUCAAAGCUCAUACUCACCACCUGAAGAAGAGACAUACACACUUGUCCCAGUAGCGGAGGAGUUGUCAUCUUCCUCAGCUGGUCAAAAAUCAACAGUUUUGCAAAAGACAUCUGAAGUUGCAAGUACAGAUAGACAGUAUGGCAACACAAUCGAAGACUUGAAAAGAAGGGUUUUAACAGAGAAAUUGGAGGCAAUGGUGGAGGAGAGGAUAAUGAGAAGGGAGGAGCAUGUCAUAAAAAUGGAGUAUUACCGAAAAAAAAUAGCAAUGUUGGAAUGA